CUGAAGCAUAAACCUACACGACAUACCUAACAAAAAAGUAUCGAGUGUAAUAUUUAAAGUAUCGAGUAUCAAAUGGGUUCUGAUUGAAAUUAUGCAUCACAAGUUAUAAGUUGGCCACUUGUGUUGAGGAUUACAAUUUUCCAACAAAUAUUCAGAUAAAUAGGUGAAACAGUAUAAAUAUAUUUUAUACUUGUUAUUCCAAUAUUAAGAUAGGCUUUCUUAGAUUCUUCAAGUAUGAUGCUUUUUAUGUUAUUGUUCAGUCGUCAAGGAAAACUACGAUUGCAGAAAUGGUACAUGGCUUAUCCAGACAAAGUAAAGAAGAAAAUAACUAGGGAAUUGGUAACUACGAUCCUUGCUCGCAAACCCAAGAUGUGCUCUUUCCUAGAGUGGAAAGAUUGCAAAAUCGUUUAUAAGCGAUAUGCGAGUUUAUAUUUUUGUUGUGCUAUUGAGCAGAAUGAUAAUGAAUUGUUAACUCUCGAAAUUAUUCAUCGUUAUGUCGAAUUAUUGGAUAAAUAUUUUGGAAGUGUUUGCGAAUUGGAUAUAAUUUUUAAUUUUGAGAAAGCAUACUUUAUCUUGGAUGAAUUGUUAAUUGGUGGAGAAAUACAGGAGACUUCCAAAAAAAAUGUGCUCAAAGCAAUUGCAUCCCAGGAUUUACUACAAGAGGAUUUCAAUGAGUAUUUAAAUUGAUUUAAUAUACUUAUUCUACUUAUUACAAAAUACUUACUUAUGCACAUUAAUUUUUAAUGUUACUAUGUACAUAACAUACUAACCUUCGUUGGGUUUAAUACAUUAAGUACCAAAGCAACUGGUUUGGUUAAAGUUGAGUUGUUAAUUUGUAAAUCUUACAUUUUAUAAUUUACAUAAAUAAUGUACAUAAAUAUAUACAAAGGAUCACACGAAUAAAUAAAAAUUAAACUAUUAUACAACUAUAAAUUAAUAUCAAUACCAAAUCGUCUAUUCGACGACAGCCAGUUCUACAUUGCCGGAAUUGUGCCGGAUUUUAUGAUGACAGGCUUUUUUUUUUAGCGAUCUAAUCCUUCUAGAUCGGUAAGUAAAAAUAUAAUAUACAUAUAUAUAACGUGGUUGCUCUUUAAACUCUUGAUCCAUACCGGAAUUAAGUCCGAGACAGAUUCGGAGAAAUAUUUCUGCUCAUUCACCUUUAGUGUUAAACGGAGCAACGGAACGGUCUCUAGAAGUUCAUCCAGGAAUAAGAUAAUUAGGACCUACUGACCCGUCACAUACGUUCCUAACCAACCACUGUAAAUGGUGUUGUCAACCAACACUCGAGUGAGACAACUAUUCCAGCAGGUAUUGUAACAGACAAUGCGAUCUAUACAUUAAAGCUUAAUCUCUGAAGUAUUACGUUCGUAGCAAGACAUAUGCGAGACCUUUACUUCAGUUUUGCCUGUCUGCUUAAUGUAUGGCUCUCUCUCUUCGCGAUAUAAUAAUAACUAGUUCCGACAUGAUAAGUUUAAAAGGCAUACUACUACUAGAGCUCUUACUUUUAUAAACGCUUAGAAAACUAGUAGGCGAAAAAACAAACAAAACCUAUUUCUAAGAGAACUAUUCUUACAAUUGUCUUGUCAGACCAAUAUCUUGCUUUAUGAAUACGGAAUACAAUAAAUGUCUACUUAUGCAAUCGA